ACAUAAAAUACUUGUACAAUACCUUAAGAAUUAAGAUUGAUGUACAAAUACGAGGUUAAAAGUGUGCUACACAAAAAAUGAUGAUCAGUGUUCUAUAUUGUCAUAAUCAUAUAAAUGGUUUUGAGAAUUUUAGAUAAGGGAUUGAAAAUCUGCACAGGCAACAACCACGAUCACAAAAUAUGAUUUCUCAAGUCUAGAGAAUCUCUUCGUUGUCGCGUAUUUGACACCUUAUUUGCACUCAUAAAAAAAGUAUAAUACACAAUUUGAAUCGGCUACAUAUUCCUCUUUUCUAUUUCUUGAUUUUUUGCGUCACUUGUCCAAAAAUCUUAAAUGUCAGAGUGCUUUCACACUUAAGUGUGUUUUACUUUUAUCAAAGAAAAGGAAUGCAUUUCCCAAUUUGUCGCUAGUAUUAUAGUUGAGUGGCCAAUACCAUAGUUGCUAGUGCUACCAGAAGAAACAAAAAUUAUAUUCAAUGUGCAGCUAGUUAUAAAUAUUUGUUGAUGAUUAAGAGUGAUAGUAACAAGCACAAAAGAUUAAAUCGAGAAUUUAGUCUACCGUGUCCGUAUCACUAAUAUUGAUUAUAUGAUCUUAAGUAUAUUUUGUAUAAAUAAAAAGGAAGGUAUUUUAGAAUACCUUUAUUUGGUUUGUUGCAUUUGCAUACUUGAACAUUGACCAAGUAUGCAGCAGACAACUAUUUUUUUUACUUUCUUCUUCUUCUUCUCUGUUUCUUCCUCUACCAAUCCUCGAACCAGGGUGGCGGAUCCAGCGGCACAAUAACAUUUGCACCUAGCUUUCUCGCCAACAGGUCACUGAAGGAUCAGUGCUCCAUUGCCACUCAAUUGCCCAUUCGAAAGUCAAGUAACACAUACAGAGCUUGGCCUAAUUUGCAUCCAUGUCUGUAAAUGGAAGCAAAUCCCUUCCAACCAAAAGCUGAGUGCUUUGCUGGAUAUGGCGAUGUUCUUCAUUUUAUAUUGAUAAAGAAAUGGAUGAUGAAAAUGUCAAAAAGAAAGGUAUUUUGGAAUACCUUUAUUUAGUGUGUCGCAGUUGCAUACUUGGAUUGGAUAAUACUCUCUGGAAUACCAUUACCCAAGUAUGACAGCAAACGACUGUUUUGGUUUCUGUUGGUUUCUCUGCUGCUGCUGCUGCUGCUACCAAUCCUCGAACCAUGGCGGCGAGAACCAGCUGCAACGAUAGCUAGCUCCGUGCCUCGCCUUCCCGCCACCAGGUCAACAAAGGAUCAGUGCUCCGUCGCAGCUCAGUUCCUUACUUAAACCACUUGAGAGCAAGCAACUCCAUGAAAAUUGCUGCUCUGAUCGCAAGCCAGUGAGAAACGAGCGAUCAACCUAAUUGGCUUCAAUGGCUGGAAAUGGAACCAACAAACACAGACAGCUUUGACAACAAAGUGGAAAGGGGGAAAACCCCAUCAAUCGGAGCAGCUCCGGCAACGAAUCAGGCCGUUCUCGUUGAAAUCAAGGCUCCGCCGGAGCCUUUCUUCGUCUUCAUCGAACACCUUCUGCUUCAUGCUUCCAUUCAAGUCACAAAUCUAUCAAUAACCGAAGUUCAGUGAUUAGUUUGCUAGUGGAAAAAAGUUUGGGCAUCACAUACAUAAUUGACCAGAAUAGUUAGACCAAGACCCGCGGCUCGGAGGCACACUGCCUGCAGCAGCUAUCUCAGUCUCAGCAGCUGCAUAGACGGCGGCAGAGGCAGAGAGUUAGAGAGGCGAGUCAGACGACGACGGCGACUUUGAACCGGUGAGAACAUGUCGGAGGUAGGAGGAGCCGUAGCGGUGGAGGACGAGGAGCGCCGCCGUCAAAGGACGCUGGAAGAGGCUCUCGAGGUCCAGUCUCUCCGCCGUAUCAUCAGCGCCUACCUCAACUAUCCUGAAGCAGCAGAAGAAGAUGUCCGAAGGUACGAAAGAUCUUUCAGAAAGCUUUCACCUGCACACAAGGCUUUGCUGGCUCACUACCCUAUGAAGUUUCAGAAACUACGUUGCUGUAUUGCGACGAAUUCUUAUUUCAUAUUCAACAUGCUUCAGGCUUUUGAGCCGCCUCUAGAUAUGAGCCAAGACAUGGAUUGUUGUGAUGACUUGCAUCACGAGCACUCAUCCGGAAAUCAUUGUUUAUCAGAACAGAGGAAUUCUUGCUGUUCGCCUGCUCCAGGUAGUGGAGCUAACUGUUGUUCCAGGCCUGAAGAGGCAUGCCAUGGAGAAGGGAGCCAUAUGCAUAAGAUGUCAACUGGAGAGCCUAUUAGUGAGACCCAGGAAACCACAAUUGAAGGUUCCGAUGACUGUCCUGUGGACAGUGGCCGGAGUGGUGGAAAUGACAGAGCAACAUUACAACAGGGACCUGAUGCCUCCGAAUGCAAUGGCGAUGUCGGCGCUCCCAAUGAUUGGUUGGAUCCAUCAAUUCAGUUGCAUGUUCCCCUUGUUGAUGUUGAUAAGGUCCGUUGUAUCGUAAGGAAUAUAGUUAGAGACUGGGCUGCAGAGGGACAAAAAGAACGUGAUGAAUGCUAUAAACCUAUUCUUGAAGAACUAGAUUCUCAAUUUCCCAAGCGUUCUAAGGAGAGGGCUCCUGCUUGUUUAGUUCCUGGUGCUGGACUUGGCCGACUAGCAUUGGAGAUUUCACGCUUGGGUUUUAUGAGUCAAGGAAAUGAAUUUUCUUACUACAUGAUGAUAUGCUCGAGUUUCAUUCUUAAUCAUGCUGAAACUGUUGGGGACUGGACAAUAUAUCCUUGGAUCCAUAGUAACUGUAAUUCACUUUCAGAUAGUGAUCAACUUCGUCCUGUGCCAAUACCAGAUAUUCAUCCUGCGAGUGCAGGGAUUACUGAAGGAUUUUCUAUGUGUGGAGGCGACUUUGUCGAAGUCUAUAGUGAUGCAAGUCAAGAAGGAUAUUGGGAUGCUGUGGUGACAUGUUUCUUCAUUGAUACCGCGCACAAUAUUGUAGAGUACAUCGAGAUCAUAUCAAAGAUUUUAAAAGAUGGAGGAGUCUGGAUAAACUUGGGUCCGCUUCUGUACCAUUUUGCAGAUAUGUACGGGCAAGAAGAUGAAAUGUCUGUUGAACUGAGCUUGGAGGACGUGAAAAGAAUUGCUAUACACUACGGGUUUGAGUUUGAGAAGGAGAAGACAAUCGAGACUACAUACACAACGAAUCCUCGAUCCAUGAUGCAAAACCAUUACUCGGCUGCAUUCUGGACUGCAAGGAAGCGUUCGAAAGCUACUACAGACGAGAGGCAGCCAACCAUACCGUAGUCAUUCAGGACAUAUUAACCAUCUGUAUCGUAGCCAUUCUGUAUGUCCUGCCUGGUUAAACAGCAUAAUCAUUUGGUCGAUUUUGAUGGUUUCGCCUAUCUUCUGGGUUGUACGAUGUAACUUAUGCAGGCCAAAUCUUUCAUACCCUGCCGAUUUGAUGGAGCUUCUGCGGCAGUCUUAAACAGGAGUGAGCGUGUGAAAUUCAUUUGAUGUAGUUUUGAAGAACAUGUAAGCUAGUCAGAGUGCCAUUUUGUUAAUCCAGUUUGAUUUAGAGGGAUAAAUUUUGGAUCCUUAGUUUAACGCACUUUUGAGAUCUAAUAAUCCAAUUGUGAAGUUUAUACUAGCUGCUCUUCUCAAUUUGUCAUUGUGCUUCAGGUUCUUCAACCUCUGCCUCCCCUACUUCUUCCUCUUCACUAGCUGCCACAACUUCCUCAUCCUCGUUACGAGCGCCAUCCAUCUCCAUAUCGUCGUUUUCGUCGUCAACGUCAUUGCUUUGGUGCUCUGCAUACGCCUGCGAGCUCACCACCUGCCCUGCCAGGUCUUUGUGCUUUAGGUUCCCUGUCGAGAGAACAAAACCAAACCCCAAGUUUAUUAUGCAGCAAUCUGGAGUGGAACGAACAAACAGCUUCAACUAAAACCUUUCGUACCAAUCCAGCAAGUGCGUCCUGUUGACGUUGUCAGAAGGAGAGCUUUGACACGAAACAAGAACCGCUCCAUCGAUCGUUUCGUGGCAGGAAUUUUGGAUGCCACGGCAGUUUGCUUCAUCCCCUGUCCGGUCAGGACAACAACAUCAAAAUGGUGCUUUUUGGAAAUACCGUUCCAGAUGUAUCAAGUAUAUAUCAAUUUGGUCAAGACAACUGACCUUGGCUUCAGAACAAAGAGUCUGAAUUGUUCUUGUGCCCUUCUGAAACUCCAUUAGCUGGUGAUGAUCAUGAAACAGAUUCAAAAACAGUUGACGUAAUGGCAUACCUAACAGUAAUGGGAAAAAAUCCCAGAAUACGCUAGUUAUUAAAAAAAAUUCCCUAAAUACAGUACUUAUAAAACUAAUUCCCAAAAUACAGCAGUUUCAACAUCACUGUCUUUGUCUAAGACAGUGAUGUUGAUCACCGCUUUUGUCCAAAGCAGUGAAGCAGCGGGGUACGCAUCACCGCCUUGGACAAAAGCGGGGAAUGCAUCAUCGCUGUGGUCAAAAGCGGUGAUACGUUCCCCGCUUUGGACAUCAACAGUGAAGCCAUCACCGCUGUUGUCCACAGCAGUGAUUGCCCCCACGUUUUACACAGCCCUGGUAGGUGGACAGGUAGGUAACAGCUACCUAGCCAUCACCGCUGUUGACUAAGGCGAUGAUGGUUCACCGCCUUUGUCCAAAGCGGUGAUUGCCUCCAAUUUUUCCUAUAAAAAGCCACGCCCCCUCUUCCCUCCUGCUGCCAAACACUCCUGCUGCCAAACAGAAAAUUAGUACCAAAAUUAUCGUUUUCGCAGCUGGUUCCUCCGUAGUUUACUGCUCAAGAAACUCGUCGGGAUUCGGUAUGUUAGAAUUAUGUAUUGUUUACAUUUUGAUUAUGUGCUAGAAUUAGGUAUGUUAGAAUUAUAUAUUUAGAUUAAUGAUAUAUGUUAGUUAGUUAGUACUGAAUUUAGAUUAAUUUGUUUAGUUAUCAUGAUAGAUCGGGAUUGAGUAUGUUAUAAGUAUGUAUUUUUUACAUGUUGAUGUGUUAGUAAUUAUACUGUUUGUAUUUAGUGAAUUGCGGUUAUUGGAAAAUAUGUUAUGAUAUUAUUUAGUUUAAUUAUGAUAUGAUAGAUGUUAGUUAGCUAGUUAUGAAUUUAGAUGAAUUUGUUUAGUUUUCUCAUAAUAGAUAAAUUAGUUGCAU